CAUUUGGCCGGCGGAGCGCGACAAGGGGCUCCUGGGUGGGGAGGUGCGCGGCUAGUUGGGUCUCCGGGAACGGGGUGUCGGACCGGCUCGCAGCAUGGGUGACCAAGCGCUCAGCUUCCUCAAGGACUUUUUGGCCGGCGGGAUCGCUGCCGCCAUCUCCAAGACGGCUGUCGCCCCCAUCGAGAGAGUAAAGUUACUGCUGCAGGUCCAGCACGCCAGCAAACAGAUCACGGCGGAGAAACAGUACAAGGGCAUCAUCGACUGCAUCGUCCGCAUCCCCAAGGAGCAGGGCGUCAUCUCCUUCUGGAGAGGCAAUCUAGCCAAUGUCAUCCGGUACUUCCCCACCCAGGCCCUCAACUUUGCCUUUAAGGACAAGUACAAGCAGAUCUUCCUGGGGGGAGUGGACAGGCACAAGCAGUUCUGGCGCUACUUUGCGGGCAACCUGGCAUCCGGCGGUGCGGCUGGAGCCACCUCGCUCUGCUUCGUCUACCCGCUGGAUUUUGCCAGGACCCGGCUGGCGGCUGAUGUGGGCAAAGGAGCGACUGAGAGGGAGUUCACGGGGCUGGGCGACUGCAUUGUCAAGAUCUUCAAGUCCGAUGGCUUGAAGGGCCUGUACCAGGGAUUCAGUGUGUCUGUCCAGGGCAUCAUCAUCUACAGAGCAGCCUAUUUUGGGGUUUAUGACACGGCCAAGGGUAUGUUGCCUGAUCCAAAGAAUGUGCACAUCAUAGUGAGCUGGAUGAUUGCCCAGAGCGUCACUGCAGCAGCAGGGCUGGUUUCAUACCCUUUUGACACUGUGCGACGUAGGAUGAUGAUGCAGUCUGGAAGAAAGGGAGCUGAUAUUAUGUACAAGGGCACAAUUGAUUGCUGGAAGAAGAUAGCAAAAGAUGAAGGAUCCAAAGCAUUCUUCAAAGGUGCCUGGUCAAAUGUGUUGAGAGGCAUGGGUGGAGCUUUCGUACUAGUACUUUAUGAUGAAAUCAAGAAGUAUGUCUAAAACUUCACAUCCUAAUCAUAGUUCAGUUGUUCUCAAUCAACUUUUUAAAAUAACUAUUGUGAUGUAAUGGACAACUAAAUAUUUCCUAGGGAAACAGAAUAAAACUUGAAUAACAUCCAGUUGAGAGAGGGAUGCAUUUAUUUUAAAUCUGUCCACUACAGCACAGUUGCACUUUGUAUGGAAAUUCCUCCAACAUUUAUAUUGGAAACUGUGUGUAUCUAUUGUACCCUUUCAAAUUUCAGAUAAAGCAUUUUGUCUAGAGACAAGAUGUAGGUGGCAUACACCUAGUUUUAAAUUUAAUGUGAACUCAAUGUGAGAUAAGCCUUUUAUACUAAGUCAUGUCUCUAACUACCCAACAUCAUGAUGAUAUAACAUGAUUUUAUAAGCCAUGUCGUCUUUAAAGCUGUUAUUUUUCUUAAUCUGAUAUGCAAGUGUAAAGAGUAUCUGCAAACUACUGGCAGCAAUGCUCUGUGAGUUCCUAACUGCAGCCUUUUCACUGACAUGUUCAGUUACACGGUUGUGGUCAAAACCAACUAUAAUGACUGUUUUUAAUUGUACUUUGUAGGAGAUGGAAAUAUUGUUAAAGAUACCCUAUAUUUUCACAAAGCAAAAAGUUGUCUGCUCUGAUGUUCAAUUGAACUAAAACUGAACUCAUGAAAUAAAUUAAUAUAUACAUGAA